AUGAUUCAAAUUGAUCAACGUCAAGACGCUCAAAUUUGUCUUUCUGGUAUUUUUGAAAAAUAUUUUCAAUAGUUCAGGCGCAAAAUAAUUUUUUUAGCUUUUCAAUUUUUGAUCGAUGAUUUCGGAAAUGAUGUGAAUGAAUUGAAAGAAAUUAUGGAUGGAGAUGAUGUAGAUGACCUGAAAUAUUUUAUUGAAAGCUCUUGGGGUGACAAACCAGAGCAUUAUACACCAUUGAAAUAUAUUGAAAAAUAUCCAAAUCAUGAAUGGUGGAAGCAUGAAAUUGAUGAGCGAAAGAAAAAAGAAGAGAAAGAAAAUAUUGAGCAGAAAAACCAACCAGAAAAGGUUGAAUUGGUCGACAAACCAGAACAUUAUACACCAUUGGAAGAUAUUGCAAUAUGUGAAAAUCAUCGGAAACAUGCGAUUGAAAAUCAAAUAAAAAAUGAGAAAAAAACAAAAUAUGUUCAAAAAGUGGAAGAAGAUUCACCUUCAAGUGAAUCGUCAGAUGAAGAAAUCUCGCCAUCUCUAAAACAACGUCGAAUUGAUGAAACCCAAGCUGUUCUAUGGUAUUGUCCCCCUCAAUCUGCUGAGUGCUACUGAAAAAGUUAAAGGUUUGUCGAAAAAGUUUUUUUUUCAGUACUAUACAUUUUCAAUUGGACUUAUUCUACAGUAAAUAA